AGAUCAACCACUUUCUAAAAAAAAAAAGAGAAAGAAAAAGAAAAACCCCACUUUUAUAAAUCAAUUAAACUUUUAAAUCUCCCAAAAAAAUUUAUUAACGAACUCAAAAUCACUUCCCUUGUUCCCUCCUCUCUGAUCUCUCUCUUUAGAUUAUUCCCCCAAAAUCUAGGAGAGUAUACGAAAGAUCGAACAAAAAACCCUAAAUUUUGCUUCCAUUAACAAUGGCGAAAUUGGAAUUCUUUUUUUUCAGAUGGAGAUUCAGUAGAAUUUGGAUUUGUUCAUUGUUACUUCUAAUUGCGGUUGAAAUUGAUAAUAAUUUCUGUAAUUGCGCGAGAUCUGAUCAAGAAAUGCGCGAAAGAUUUUAUGGUAAUAAUAUCCUUAAUUCUACGCAGCCUCAAGGUGAAGGUACUAUUGCGAAGAUGAUUGAUCAUGUUUUGGAAAAAGAGUUUUCUGAAAAUGAUCAACCUGAAGGUUCUGAUGGAAGUAGUUUUAACAGCAGUGUAGCUGACAAGCAAGCUGAGCUUGAGACUGUUGCCAAAAUAACUCAUGAAAAAGGCAAGAAGAAUGACACAGGAGAAGCAAAUGGAACAAAAGCCUUCCAAAUUCAAGAUGUUUUUACUUUGGAUAGUGAAGAAUCUGAUGAUAUGGCAACUUUGAUAGAUAAGAAGGAUAAUGUAUUUGUGAUGUCUAACAAGAAAUCAAAAUAUCCCAUCCUUCAAGUCGAUUUCAGGUUAAUAUCAGAUUUGGUUUUGCUGAUUGUUUCUGCUGCAGUUGGUGGGAUCAUCUUUUCAUGCUUGGGACAACCGGUUAUUGUUGGCUACCUCCUUGCGGGUUCAAUGAUUGGUCCAGGAGGUCUCAAGUUUAUCAGUGAAAUGGUUCAGGUUGAAACUGUUGCCCAAUUUGGUGUUGUGUUCCUUUUGUUUGCUUUGGGAUUGGAAUUUUCCAUGACGAAGCUCAGAGCAGUAGGGACUGUUGCUGUUUUUGGAGGAAUGCUUCAGAUCAUUGUAUUUAUGUUUUUGUGUGGCAUUACUGCGAUGAUCUGUGGUGGAAAAUUGUCAGAGGGUGUGUUUGUGGGUUCUUUUCUAUCGAUGUCGUCAACAGCCGUGGUGGUGAAGUUUCUAAUAGAACGAAAUUAUAACAACGCCCUACAUGGUCAAGUUGCUAUUGGCGUACUUAUCUUUCAGGAUUGUGCUGUGGGGUUACUCUUUGCAUUGCUCCCAGUGAUAGGUGGUAACGGUGGUAUUCUAAAGGGCAUUGUGUCAAUGGGUAGAUUAUUGGUGAUCUUGUCUCUUUACCUUACUACUGCAUCUGUCUUAACAUGGUCAUUCAUACCCCGUUUCCUAAAGUUGAUGAUACAGCUGUCAUCUCAGACAAAUGAACUUUAUCAACUUGCUUUGGUGGCAUUCUGCUUGUUAUCUGCUUGGUGCAGUGAUAAGCUGGGUCUUAGUCUUGAAUUGGGAUCAUUUGUUGCUGGGGUCAUGAUAUCUACAACAGACUUUGCACAGCACACUUUGGACCAGGUGGAGCCUAUCCGCAAUCUAUUUGCUGCUCUUUUCCUUUCCAGCAUUGGGAUGCUUAUACGCGUGCAGUUUCUUUGGAAUCAUGUGGACAUUUUGGUUGCGUCAGUUAUUCUGGUUGUAGUGUUUAAGACAUCGGUUACAGCUGUAGUAACCAAGGCAUUUGGUUACAGUAUCAGGACUUCCCUUCUUGUUGGACUGUCACUUGCUCAGAUUGGAGAAUUUGCUUUUGUUCUCUUAAGUCGUGCCUCUAAUCUCCACCUUAUUGAGGGAAAAAUGUAUCUUCUUCUACUUGGAACCACUGCCCUUAGCUUGGUUACCACUCCUAUCCUAUUCAAAUUGAUGCCUGCUUUGACACAUUUGGGAGUUCUUAUGCAUUGGUUCCCUUCGGAGAGCAGCAUACAGAAUGAGGAGAGAGCCGCAAUGAUUGAUGAACGCAAUAGAAUGUUGUGAUUGAUUCACACAAUAAAAUGAUUUGAUCUUUGUCUUUGUAAAAUCUUCAGCAUCAAAAGUGGCAUCAGAUGUGAAUUCCGGAAUUAAGUUCGUGAUGAUUUUCAACAUCAAACUUUUAACUUUGGCGAAACUUGAAAGUGUACUUGUAUAUAAUGUAACACAAAUUUUACGAUUCUUUCGGAUAUUGUACAUUCUUUAAGAUGCUCGUGAGCUUAUUCAACGACAACAAUAGCAAAGCCAUCUCAACAAUAAAAGGGAUGAUUCAACUAGUGCAAAGGUAAAUUUAGUGCCAUUACAAUUGAUCCUAGUUACUGUACACGACCUAGGAAAUAGAUAAAGGAAAAGUGUGAAGAUGUGUAGAGCUUUUGUAGUUAAAAAAUGACUUUUGUCUUCAUCAUCAAGCUGUAGUUUUCAUUGUACUCUAAAUUAAAGAUAAAGUAGGUAGAUUAGUGAAUACAAAUAGAAAUAUUUCUAUAAUUUCAUUUUCAGGAGUCAUAUUUUUAUUACUUGCA